AUGUUGGCCGGGCUGCUCUUCCAGGCUGCUUGGGUGGCUGUGCUCCUUCACGGCGCUCUGGGGAGAGUCUACACGGGAAGGAGGAAGCUUGCCAACUUCGCCGUAGAGAGGUACCCCUCCGCUGCCCUGGCCGCCGCCGCCAAUAUCCGUCCACCAAACGGGGACAAGCCUACUCUGUGUUCCUUUGGCUGUGGCAGUGGCUUCUGCAUAGCUCCCAAUCUCUGUGCAUGCCGGGAUGGAAGGCAAGGUAUCACCUGUCAAGACCUGCCUGGAACCUGUGGGGAAUAUGGCUGUGACCUCACCUGCAAUCAUGGGGGAUGCCAGGAGGUGGCAAGAGUGUGCCCUCUGGGAUUCUCUAUGACUGAAACAGCUAAUGGUGUACGUUGUGUGGAUAUUGAUGAAUGCCUGAGUGCUUCCUGCGAGGGGCUUUGUGUGAACACAGAAGGGGGCUUUGUGUGUGAAUGUGGCCCAGGGAUGCAACUCGCCACUGACCGGCACAGUUGUCAAGAUACUGACGAGUGCCUAACAACUCCUUGCCAGCAGCACUGCCAAAACAGCAUCGGCAGCUAUCAAUGUUCCUGCCAUCCUGGAUUCUACCUUCACGGCAACCAACAUUCAUGUGUGGAUGUGAAUGAAUGCCGCCGACCCAGUGAGAAGCGAACCUGCCAACACUCCUGCCACAAUACUCUGGGGAGUUUUAUGUGCAGCUGUCAUCCAGGCUACCGACUCAGUGUGGACAGAUUGUCUUGUGAAGGUUUCUCAAAGUCCAGCCUGGCCCCUUCUCCCAUUUUGCAGUCUCUUCAGCAGCCGCAGACUCUCCUACGCCUUUCUCCAGAAUCCAUAGGGCCUGUCUUGCCCCCCAGGGGUUCCCCAGCACUUGCUCCUUCAAGUGUACCUGGAACCCCAUUUCCUUUUCCGCUCAUUCCCAUUCUCUCUGUGCUUCUAUCAACAGCUUCUCCCACCUCCUCAUCCCCUCCCCACACCUCAUCUUUUGGUACCUCUACUGCCAAGCCUUCUCUGCCAGCAAGUCCUCUGUCACCAGUGUUACCAAAGACGUUUAGCCCAUCCAUUCCCACAAGCCUUUUGACUCCCUCAAUUCCAUCUGCCUGCUGGCAUGGAGGAGUUCUUCGUGAAGAUAACAGCUCCUGGACAGAGCCACCAUGUCUGAAUUGCUCCUGCGAGGGUGGACAAGUGUUUUGUCAAACAGUGACAUGUGACGUUUCCUGCUCUCACCCAAUUCCCCCAGCCCAGGGAGAAUGCUGUCCUGCCUGCACAGGCUGUUUCUAUUAUGGGAUGUCCAGAGUUGAAGGGGACGUAUUCUCUCUCUCUGAGGAGAACUGCACAGUCUGUGUCUGCCUGGCAGGAAACAUUUCCUGUAUUUCUCCAGAAUGUACACCCAGUCCAUGUCCCAGUUCUGCUCAGACUGAUUGUUGUCCUUGCCAGCCAGCAGAAUGUCAUUUCCAUGGGCAAAUAUACACAGAAGGGACCGAGUUCAACCCAGAUGGUGAUAACUGUACUAUCUGUGUGUGCAGGCAAGGUGAAGUGGAGUGCUCCUUCAUUCCAUGCCCCACCCCGGGAUGUCCUCGUGAGGACUGGCUGUUGGCUCCAGGACAGUGCUGCUUCACCUGCCGAAAGACUGCACUCUUGACAGGUUGCUUUAUAGAUGACAACGGAAUUGAAUUUCCAGUGGGACAGCUCUGGUCACCGGGUGAUCCCUGUGAGUUAUGCAUCUGCCAGGCGGAUGGUUCAGUGAGCUGUAAGAGGACAGAUUGUUUGGAGAUGUGUCCUCAUCCAAUCCGAAUCCCUGGACAGUGUUGUCCAGAUUGCUCAGCAGGCUGUACCUAUGCAGGGAAGAUCUUCUAUAACAACGAAACCUUCCCCUCUGUCUUGGAUCCAUGUCUAAGUUGCAUUUGUUUGCUGGGCUCUGUAGCCUGUUCUCCUGUGGACUGUGUCGUAUCCUGUACAUACCCUUUCCAUCCAGAAGGCGAGUGCUGUCCAAUUUGUCAUGACUGCAAUUACAAGGGAAGAAAAGUAAUCAAUGGACACAACUUUGUUCCUGAAGAUGAACCCUGUGUUCAUUGUACGUGCCAGCUUGGGGAGGUGAGCUGUGAGAGGAAGAUAUGUCCAAAGACUUGUACAGAGCCCUUUGGUCCUCUGACACAUUGCUGCCCGGACUGCCAAAAUAAUGAAGUUAUAAAUGAUUUGGCUUCUCUGGAAAAUAGACUAGCCAACCCUAUGUUGGAAGAUGGAGCAGCAGAGACACUCUUGCAAACUCUUCAAAGAGGUCCCAUGCCUCUGAUGUCUGACAGCUCUACCCCUAACAUUGCCUCACUUACUCCAGAGGAUCAUCUUGAAGCAAGUAAUGCAAAUGAUCAGGAGAUCAUACUUACAAACCCAAUUGCACUAGGAAAUGUUGGACUCCACCAAAGCAGACCAGGAGAGGCCACUAGGUUGCAUCUUAAUGAGCCACCAAGUAUCACCCCUCCUUCUUGGCUAGGCCACUCAGCAAUUCCUCAAAUAAAGCCAGAGUCCAUUGUAUCAUUUCUAAAUAACCCAGAGAGUUUUGGGGAACCUGCUAGCAAAUCAACUGGGUCCUCCAUGAUUCAUUCCAGCCUGUCCUCUCUUUAUUCCAGAACAAAUAGAACCACUGCAUCUCCCCCUACUGCUCAUAUUUCCAUUCCAUCCACUCCAGAUAACCUCAAAAAGUCCGUAACUGCCUUAUUUCAGGGUUCAAACACCCACAAUCUUCCUUUGCAACCUCCGGGUGAAACAUUUUCUUCUUCAGCCAGCUCUAAUCUAGACUCUCUUCAAGAGCUUCCUAGCAGCUCAACCGACUUCACAUAUUUUUCUUUGGGCCAGCAGAAUGUAGGGAACAGCUCUAAAUUAACCUCUAGUUAUGAGAAUAGUCUCACUGAUAUAUCUCCAUAGAUUGGGGAUUAUUUUGAAUAAGAGGAACAUAACCACUUUAAUAUCAUAAAAACAAGAGCAUCUGCCUAUGUGGUUGCUGUUUGCUAGAUCUCUCAUUAUGUAUUCAUAGCAAUAAUCUCCAUUAUAAUUUCUGGGUUCUUAGAAAGCAGGUUCUCUUACUAGGAUAUCACUUCAGCUCUUGAUUGUAUUGAGGUUCUUAUUUAACCAACACCCCAUUGGAUUUAGAUGAUAGUAGAAAAAUGCCUUUUAUUUGCAAUAUAAGUACAUUCUGGUAAAGCAUAAAGAUUUCAGAAUGGAAGCAUGACAAGUAGUAGAAUCAUAGGUUAAUUCAACUUCUUGUAUUGCAUGUUGUAUGGCUGGCCUAAUGCUAGCAAGGGAAGCAACAAUUUGUGCCAGGAGUCACAUAAUAAAUGUUCUCACACUAUGUCUAAUACAGACAUUUUUUUUGCUGCUUGCUGCCUUAUAUGGACAUUUUAGGACUGAUUAUACAUAUUGAAGAAAUGUGGCUAGCUUUCCAUGAAGUCAGAAAUGAACUAAACAUUGCUUUACAGAAAAGGUACUGCAUACUGGUAUGUACAACACUGAUUUUAAUAGUGGAAAAUUUCCACUUUCUUGUUCUGGUGUAUAUAGAAUUCUGCAAUUCAGAUUAUAAUAUGUUGAGAUAUAUUUUAUGAACACUAAAAUCAUAGCAUCAUGACUAAAGGUAAAUGUAUUUUUCUAUGCCAUAGUUAAAAGUAUGUUUCCAAGCUAAGCUGAUCAGAACUUUGUUUAACAUUUCUUGGGUGAAAUUUGCCAGCCACUAAAGUCUUCAGGAAUAUUCAGUUCUUGAAAGGCUUUGAAAGUGAUAUGCAGCCCAUUCAUAAAAUAGGCAGCAUGAUUGAAUUUCAUCAACUACCUCAAAGGGGUGUCUUGUAAGGGCAUAUCAACUUUUCAUAAUUGAAUCUAGAAAGACUGCUGCCAUUUUCUUCCAUUUCAAUCUCUGGGAAUUCUAAAUUUCUGAGAUGUCCAAUAAGUCUUCAUUGGGUAAUCAUUUAUGUAACUUAUGUUCUUCCCAAAACUUAAUGACUAGCAUCAUUGUUCCUCAGUAGGCUUGGGUCUGAUGUCAAUGUGCAGGAUGACAUGAUGUACUAGAGCAGUGCAGGGCUUCUGUUUCAAAGCCACAAAAGUGCUUCAGACAGCACAAAAGCAGGAACAUUUCACCUGCCAAUGGUUCUAUAAAGCAGUGGCAUCUUUUCCCUGUAUCACAUGACUGUGCUUUGCAGCUAUAAUAGUGUUAUUGGAAAAAUACAUUUGUUCUAGGGCAGGGGUGUCAAACUCAAUUUCAUUGAGGGCUGCAUCAGGAUUGUGUU